AUGCUGCUAAGUGGCGUCCUCCUGCUGCUGCAAGCGCUUUGGCUCUCGGGAGCCCGGGACCUGCCUGCCGGGUCGUGCGCCUUCGAGGAGAACACUUGCGCCUUUGACUCAGUGUUCGCGUUCCUGCCGUGGAUUUUAAAUGAGGAAGGACAUUACAUUUAUGUAGACACUUCAUUUGCCAAACAAGGUGAGAAGGCCAUCCUGCUCAGUUCUGACUUGCAGGCCGAGGAAUGGAGCUGCCUCCGUUUAGUGUAUCAGAUAACUGCAUCUUCUGAGUCUCUGGCAGAGCCCAGCAAAUUGAGCCUCUAUGUGAGAUUUGAAGAUGAAAGCUUUGACCGCUUACUGUGGUCGACCAGAGAAACUUCAGACAGUUGGCUCAUAGCCAGUCUGGAUUUGCAAAACAGUCCCAGGAAAUUCAAGAUUUUGACUGAAGGUGUCCUAGGGCGGGGAAACACAGCCAGUAUUGCGCUCUUUGAAAUCAAGAUGACAACCGGCUACUGCAUUGAAUGCGACUUUGAAGAGAAUCAUCUCUGUGGCUUUGUCAACCGCUGGAACCCCAAUGUGAACUGGUUCAUUGGGGGAGGAAGUAUUCGGAAUUCUCCCUCCGUCCUUCCCCAAGAUCACACCUUCAAGAGUGAACUAGGCCACUACAUGUACGUGGACUCGGUCUACGUGAAGCACUUCCAGGAGGUGGCUCAGCUCAUCUCCCCGAUGACCACGGCCCCCAUGUCUGGCUGCCUGUCGUUUUAUUACCAGCUGCAGCAGGGGAAUGACAAUGUCUUUUCCCUUUACACACGGGAUGUGACCGGCCUUUAUGAGGAGAUCUGGAAAAUGAGCAGUCCAGUGAGCCCAGGCUGGAACCUCGCUGAGGUGGAGUUCAGUGCCCCUUACCCCAUGGAGGUUAUUUUUGAAGUUGCUUUCAAUGGUCCCAAAGGAGGGUAUGUUGCCCUGGAUGAUAUUUCUUUUUCUCCUGUUCACUGCCAAAAUCAGACAGGGCUUCUCUUCAGUGUCACAGAAGCCAGCUGCAACUUUGAGGAAGAUCUCUGCAACUUUUACCAAGACAAAGAAGGCCUGGGCUGGAGCCGAGUGAAAGUUAAACCCAAUAUGUAUCGGGCAGGAGACCACACGACAGGAUUCGGGUCUUACCUGAUGGCCAACACAAAGUUUACAUCUCAGCCUGGCUACAUCGGAAGGCUCUAUGGCCCCUCCUUGCCAGGAAACUUACAGUAUUGUCUCCGUUUUUACUACGCCAUCUAUGGCUUUUUGAAAAUGAGUGACACACUGGCUGUUUAUAUCUUUGAAGAGAACCAUGUGGUUCAAGAGAAGAUCUGGUCUGUGUUGGAAUCCCCAAAGGGUGUUUGGAUGCAAGCGGAAAUCACAUUCAAGAAGCCCAUGCCCACCAAGGUAGUUUUUAUGAGCCUCUGCAAAAGCUUUUGGGACUGUGGGCUUGUGGCCCUGGAUGACAUUACCAUCCAACUGGGAAGCUGCUGGUCACCAGAGAGGCUUCCACCUCCACCUGGGGAAUGCACUUUUGAACAAGAUGAAUGCGAGUUUACUCAGGAGAAGAGAAACCGGAGCAGCUGGCACAGGAGAAGGGGAGAGACGCCCACCUCAUACACCGGACCGAAGGGAGAUCACACUGCUGGGGUAGGCUACUACAUGUACAUUGAGGCCUCCAACAUGGUGUAUGGACAGCAGGCCCGCCUCCUGUCCAGGCCGCUGCGGGGAGUUCCCGGAAAACACUGCUUGACCUUUUUCUACCACAUGUACGGAGCAGGGACUGGCCUGCUGAGCGUUUAUUUGAAAAGGGAAGACAAAAGUGAAGAGUUGCUCUUGUGGAGAAGAAAAGGGGAACAGAGCAUUUCCUGGCUCCAGGCACAGAUUGAGUACAGCUGUGAGAGGCAACACCAGAUCAUUUUUGAAGCUGUCCGUGGAAUAUCAAUAAGAAGUGAUACUGCCAUUGACGAUAUUAAAUUUCAGGCAGGACCCUGUGCAGAAAUGGAAGACACAUCUCAACAAUCCUCUGGAUAUUCUGAAGACUUAAAUGAAAUUGAGUAUUAA